AUGCAAGCCUACGCAUUGAUGUCUCGCAAUCGUGUCAAUUGCCGCUUCUCAGCAAAAGAAGAUAAGCAUCUUACUGAUCUCGUCAAUCGUUAUGGAGAGAAUGAUUGGAAGACAAUUGCAAAUAAGAUGCCUGGAAGAAAUAAAAGGCAAUGCAAAGACAGAUGGACAAGAUAUUUAUCUCCAAAUGUCAAUAAUGGUCCAUGGACAGAAGAAGAAGAAACUAAACUAUUAAGUUUAGUUACAGCUUUAAAUCAUAGAUGGACAGAGAUUGCAAAGCAUUUCCAAGGAAGAAAUGAUAGUCAAGUUAAAAACAAAUAUCAUAUUUUAACUACAAAAACCCUCAAGGAGCAGCCCACAACAACAAUCAAUGUUGAAAAAAUUGCAACAAGCUUGCCAAAGGAAUCAUCCAGCGGAUCUGAAUUCGAAAUAAACGAGUUCCAAUUUGAUGAUCUCAUGAAAUCAAUGAAUGAUUCCAAUUUUGAUAUCUUUAAUUUCACUCUUCUCUAA